GAAAAAGAAAAGAAAAGCUUAAAUCUUAUUUUAAACAGGGAAUCAUUUCUAGAAACUGAUUCAAUGGCGCUUGGCAUGCUCAAGGUGAAUCAGAGCAAAAGGUGCGGAAUUGUUCCAGAUUAGCCAAAACUAUAGCAGUGAUAUGAUUUUAAACUUUCCCCGUGACUCCUCCACACAACCAAAGAGACCAAUGUUAAAGAGACUCUGCCACUUCAAUCAUUGGCAAACUCAACGAACAUUGAUGCGCACACAUCCAAUGAAUUUUGAGCCCAUGACUUCAUCCUUUACCCUAUUUUUAUGGAGAGAAGAUGCAUCAUUUUGAGCUAAAACUCAUGGAUACUGCAAUGCACACUCUUGUUUUUAGUGCUUUCAAUGAAAAUCUUUACUUAUCAAUGGAAUAGGAAGCGUUGCCUAUAACUAAAAACUUGUAGACUUACCGUUUGGUCUCCCAAGAGUUCCACAAUAUCAGCUUCAUUACUAGUGUAGACAACCAGCAAUUGCAGGGGGUUUGAAGUGCUCAACAUAUCAUCAGCUUUGAACCAACGUUAUCCCAGCACUCUGUUGCUGCUAUUAACCAACCGUGAAUCAGCAGCUAGGAAAAUACUCCGAAAUUUACACGGGUGGGGUGACAAUCAAUUCAAAUUUGUUGUGAAUAAAGUUUGGUGUGGAACCAGCAUAGAUGAGACCAUGCUUCUGCAUGCCAUAUGUAACUUACUUAUUUAUUUAUUUUGGUUCCCUUCUAAAAGAUCAAUAGCUUAUACCUAAAACAAAUCUAGAGGAUUAGAUGAUCAACAACUAAUACACCUAAAGCAAAAAUAACUUCCCAUAACUAACAUUGCUUCAACAACUGCACCACCUUCUUCCAACAACUCCACCUUAAGCUGGUUAUAAGAAGCAAGAUCCAUAGGCCACUUGCAUAAUCAUCCAUUAACCUUUAGUUUCAAUCCUCAAGGAUCCAAUAACCCUUGGAUAUACACACACCAAGAUGUUCAAGAAAUCAUCACCAUCAAUUUUCAUUGCAAUGCUAAUUGCAACUGUGCACAUGGCAAGAGUCAUUGCUGCAGUUGAUCCUGCAGCAUCCAGCAAAGAAGAACCAGUGCUUGAGUUAUACAUGCAUGACAUUCUUGGAGGCAGUAGCCCUACAGCUAGGCCAAUCACUGGCUUGUUAGGUAGCAUCUACGACGGUCAAGUGCCCUUUGCGAAGCAGAUAGGGUUUGACACUCCACAAAACGGGGUUGCCAUCCCCAAUGCCAAUGGUGCCAUUCCAACCGUUAAUGGUGCCACUGGUCUCCCACUAGGAACUGGCUUAACUGGUACUGCUUUUGCAGGAAAUCCAAAUGAUCAAAACCCACCUCAGAUCCAAUUGGGGCCUGAUGGGUUGGGACUAGGCUUUGGAACGAUCACCGUCAUUGAUGACAUAUUGACCUCCAGUCCGGAUUUGGGAUCACAAACACUGGGAAAAGCUCAAGGAGUUUAUGUGGCAAGCUCUGCAGCUGGGACCACCCAGAUGAUGGCGUUUACGGCUAUGAUGGAAGGAGGGGAAUAUAAUGACAGCCUAAACUUCUAUGGAGUAUACAAAUUUGGGAGUACUGUUUCAUAUUUGUCAGUGACAGGAGGGACAGGCAAGUUUAAGAAUGCUUAUGGGGUUGCGGAAGUACGAUCGCUGAUACCUCCAGGUCAACAUGUCACAGAUGGUGCAGAGUCAUUGUUGAGGAUCACCGUCCAUCUAAAAUAUUAA